ACCUGUAAACACAAGCCACGUGACGAGCGACGCUCGCCAUUCAGGGGCUUUGCAGCACCGGGGCGAAUGACGGCGGAGUUUGAGGAAGUUACUGGGAGCAGCUGUGCUAGUAUGUAACCUUACGCGAGUUAGAUACGGCACUGCAGCAAGAGAGGGGAAGGCAGCAGCAUUCAUGGAUAUUGUGGACACCUUUAACCAUUUAAUACCCAGUGAUCAGUUGGAUGACUCCCUGAUAAUAGGUCAGAAUUUGGAGUGUGAAGCCAGCAAUGAGUUUGGGACAGAUCUCCGACUGGAAGAUUCACUGAAGAACAUGCUCAGUGACAAAGAUCCCAUGUUUGGAUGUGCAAGCUCUCAGUUCAAUCUGCUGGACAAUGAAGACUCUGCUUUUCAGGUUACUGGCACCACAGGUCUCACCGAUAGUUCAGCACCCAGAGGUCUCAGCAGUGAACUGACGGCUGCAGAGACCACACAAGUCAAGCGACCUAUUGGCAGGCAGAAGAAACGCCCACGUAAUUUAGUAUACGAAUAUAGUGGUGGACAACAGCCUGCUAACACAGCCACCAACACCAUGACCCGAGGACGACCAGGAAGGAAACCAGCCAACAGGCUACAGAAGUCAUUUCUCAUUGAGAAAGGAGUUAAAGGCGCCCAACUAAAGAAAGAAUUAACUCUGGGAGGGCGCAUCAAUGUUAAUGAUCUUGAUGGUGGAUUAUGGUUGAAUCCUAUGGUUGUAUUGAGACGACUGACAGUCACAAUUGGCGGAUUCAAGAUUGAGUUGCUUCCAGGACCCUCUUAUACACAAAAUGUUGAUACAAGUCAGUCUGCAUGCUUUGAAGAUGGUAUUGGUAGGGGCAUAGGUUUUGCUGUGUUGCCGGAUGAUGCUGUCAAUGUACAGAAUCCCAUACCUGAGAAUGUGGCAGAGACGGUUGUAAUUGAGAAGAGCUCUGCUGCUGAUGCAGCCCUUGGGCUGGGGCCGUACGUGAAUCCUAAUGAUGUACAGACAUCUAAUGGGACAUUAAUAGGGAGCCCCUGCACGCAAGAGACAAAGCUUGACAAUCAGAGUGUUACAGGAAAGCAAAAGCCAGACAGUAAAGGAAAAGAUGACAUAAAACAGCCACAAAGCAAUGAGAACAACAGAACUACUGUUAGUAAGACUGAUGGUAAGGAAAAACAACAGACUGUGGCCAAAAGUCUACUUAAGUCUAAACAAGGACUGACUUCUAACAAGAAUAAGGACUUGGUUUCAUGUAAACCAAGCAGCAUGAUUAAGGAGCAUAAAGUAUCCCAAAACACGCCAUCAAAAAUCAUCCAAAGAGGUGACCUGCACAAAAUGAAAUCUCUAAAGGAAAAGAAAGAGAGUGCACCGUUGAAAAGGCCUGCAGAAAACCCCCAAAGUGAGUAUGCUACUAAAGUGCAAAAGAUACAGGCCACAGGAGAUAGUAAAGUGAAGCCAAAAUUACCAAGUCCACCUAGCUCAGUAGUGAAGAAGAGCCCAUCAUCUGGCAGCCGUGUUGGUGAGCAGCAGGCACAAACCAAACACGCUCCUCCUCACAAUACCUCCAAAGUUGAGACUGCUCAACCAGCGCAAGGUCGUCAAAGCCAUACAUUGAAAGUGCCCGAAGAAGGGGGGCAGGAAAAGCCCAAACUGAAAAAGCCAGAAAAGAUCCUUCAAAAACAGAAAAGUAGAACUGCAAGAAGCAUCUCUGUGGAUGAGCCACAGCUGUUUAUUCCAGAUAACGCUCCUGCUGUGAAGAAGGAAACAGCUGAGGAGCAACCUGCUAAUAGUGAGACUGUAUGGGAUGGAAACAACUGUUGUGGUCUGUGCAAGAAACACCACAAUAACACGUUCAUGGUAGGCUGCGGUCGCUGCGACGACUGGUUCCACGGUGACUGUGUCGGUCUCGAUCUGACAAAAGUACGUGAAAUGGAGGAGGAGGACCAGAUGUACGUGUGCUUGAAGUGCUGUGAGGAAGAAAGCAAAAAGGUGGAGCCUGAGCUCCUGAGUGCAACCAGACCGGAAGUUCAAGAAAAGACUGAGGUACAGGAUCAUAAGCUGCCUCCAAAGCCCAGACCAGGACCCUCCCAGACACUCGCAUCAGGGGCGGUCAGACCAGUAAGAAAGGAUCCUGACAGAAGGCAGUCCGCAGAUGUUAGAGAUGCAGCUUAUAGAACAGGCAUUCAGCUGAAACAAGAGGCAAAAAGUAAGACUUCAGCUUCAAAGAAACCUGUGUCUGUGGAGGCAAUCAGGCGAAGUGUGCGUGAUUCUCUGAAAGAAAUCCUUAUACAGAGGUUGAAGGAGUCAGAUUUAAACAUCUCAGUGGAGAGGGCCUCUGAAGUUGCCAAGAAGACAGAGAGAGAGCUUUUUCACCUGUAUAAAGACACUGACAACAAAUACAAGAACAAGUAUAGAAGCUUAAUGUUUAAUCUCAAAGACACUAAAAAUAAUGUCCUCUUUAAGAGGGUUCUCAAAGGGGAAAUUUCUCCUGGUAACCUAAUUCGACUGAGUCCUGAGGAACUGGCCUCGAAAGAAUUGGCUGCUUGGCGACAAAGGGAGAACCGACAUACGAUCGAGAUGAUUGAAAAAGAGCAAAGAGAGGCAGAGAGACGACCCAUCACUAAGAUAACACACAAGGGUGAAAUUGAAAUUGAAAGCCAAGAACCAGUGAAAGCACCUGAGCCUGCAGAGCUGGAGCCUCCUCCCAAAGUGACGGAAGUCUCAGCAGAACCUCCAAAAACUCCAGAGAAGAAAGCAGAGAGUAUCAAGACGGAGAAAGACACUACUAACCAACACAAGUCUCAUUUAUUUGACCUACAUUGCAAAAUCUGCACAGGUCGUAUGGCGCCCCCUGUGGAGGAGGCACCUACCAAAGUGGUCAAAGUUGCUACUACAGUUGUCAGGAGGCAGUCCACCAGAACAGAGGAAACAAAGAGCACAACCCCACCUGCAAUAGACGAUGACCUGCACCUCACUGUUUUAGAGGAGAGCUUUAGAAACGCUCAGUCAAGCUAUGAAGGAAGGUCAGAUCAUGUAGCUGGAAGAGAUGAGGAGGCCGCUUUCCUUUCCAACCUGAAGUCCCUGUGGCGAGGAUUCAUUCACAUGCACUCUGUGGCAAAGCUUGUGACAAAAGCUUUCCCAGUCUCAGGCAUUUUGGACAACUUGACUGAGGACCUUCCAGACAGCAUUCAAGUUGGUGGGAGGAUAAGUCCACAGACAGUGUGGGACUACUUGGAGAAGAUUCGGGCAAGUGGAACAAAAGAGGUGUGCCUGAUUCGCUUCUCUCCUGAGACAGAUGAAGAUGAGAUCUCCUAUACCCUUUUGUAUGCCUACUUCAGCAGUCGUAGGCGUUUUGGGGUGGUGUCCAAUAACCUGAAACAAGUGAAGGACAUGUAUCUCAUUCCCUUAGGUGCCACUGAAAAAGUUCCACAUCAGCUUGUUCCCUUUGAUGGGCCAGGUUUAGAAAACAACCGUGCCAACCUUCUCCUUGGACUCAUAAUACGCCAGAGAUUAAAAAGGGAUUUUCUUCCAGUGGACGUGAGUGAAACUGCAAGGAUUAUUCCUGAAAUCAAGCCCAUCACCGUUUCCACUAAAGAAACCAGAGCACCAGAGGAGGAGGAGAAAUUUUUCCUCUCUUCCUUAACUACUACGCAUAAAAAAGAGAAGGAUAAACCACUUAACACUACUGAAGAUGUUGAUGCACCAAUUACAGAGGCCUUUGAAGAACCAUCUGCAUCAGAGGAGACCAACAAUCAGGAACCACAAAAACCACUCCGCUUUCUUCCAGGUGUGUUAGUAGGCUGGGGUGGGGAAUUGCCACCUCUGCCAGAUGUAGGAACAAAACCUGCUACUACAGCAGAGGACACCCCGAAGACCCCGCCUGCUCCGAAAACAGAGGCAUUAACUGGAAACUCAAAAAGUCCAACAGCUGCUGCACCACGAGAGCGCUUUGUCAUCAAAAAGAAAGAGGCUAAACCUGCUAAAGCUGAACCGGAGCUCUCCAGCCCGACGGAUACAUCUACUGCUAACAACUCAUCGGGAAAAGAUGCUGCAGUGGUGACCCAUGGUGCGCACAUCUCUCUGAAAGAUAAGCCUCCAGAUGUAUCGACUGAAGCAUUCCUGGCAAGCUUGUCAACAGCCCCUAGUGGGACUGAAACUAGCAGUGCUGCCUCAGCAAACAAAGGCGAUGCUGGCCUUUUGUCUGAAACUGAAAAAGGAACGCCUGAAGGGAAUUCUUUGUCAUUAUCAAAAUCCCAGGCUGCUUCAGAUCACACAAAUAGCUCAAAACCUCCUUUAAGUGGAAUAUUGAAAAAAUCCUCAGCAUAUUCCAAUGUGGAUGAAGAUAAAACAACGGUGCUACAAAAGGAUAAAGCAAGCCAGCCAGUUCCUUCAAGUCCUAAACCUGUUACAGUGUUGAGCAGCACUAGAAAUGAUCCAGUUACACCAUUUCACCAAGGAUAUUUACAGCUUUCUCAGGCCAAGAACAAGCCUGAGGAACAAAACCAAACUGCUAUUCAGUCGUUUCCUAGUGAAAAGGAAGAUCCUGGCAUGUCCCAGACUGGUGCUGCAGUAACUCCAACAGCAUAUCCUCCUGCAGUGCAGGGACCACAAGCAGCGCCAGCUUUCCCAGCAAACAACAGUGCAGCACCUUUCCCAAUGCAACAGCAACAGCCUCAGGUACUUGGCAGCUACGACUACCCAACUGGUCCUCCUCCUGACACUUUCUCCGCCCCUAACACCCAGGAUCAGAAUCAUAGUACGCCAUGGGCUCAGGAUGGCACUGAACAAGCUCUUCCUGGACUUCAGUCACAGAACCCUGAGAGUCACUGUCAGCCAUCUGAGCAACCUCCAACCCUGCCCAAAGACUACAAGCGUCUAGAAGAGCGAUACAGUGACCCGUGGGAGAGACCCCGAAACACAGAGGACAGAGACCACCACGGGAGACACAGCCACCACAAGGAAUCCCAUCACGGGAAAAAGAGCCGACACCAUGACCGGGAGCGGGAGAAAAAGCACGAUCGCAGCUAUGAUGACAAGUACAGAGAGAGGAGUAGGCACCAUGGACACUCAGAUGACCGUUAUGGUGAGAAGAGGAAAGAGAAGCACCACAGUGAUGACUACAGCAGCCGUCACAAGGACAGACACAGACAUAGACGGGACUCUGAUUAUGAGAAUGGACGGAAAAGUUCAAAAGACAGUUACUCAUAAUGAUG